AUGGAUAGCUCGUUGUCCCUCGAGGUUGUUCAGUGUCGUCAGUUCGAUCCGGUCAGUGGGCCAUUCAGCAUGAACGAGCGCAAGGAUGAAUCGCAAUCCAUUUACACGAUCGCCAGCAACGCGAACCUGGUGCCGAUAAGAUCCAGAGGUGCCUACUUCAGGAGACGGAGAUACGUACCGAAUUGCUUAAUAGCCCUCUCUCUUCUGUUCAUGAUUCUCUGUUUUAUAGCUGUCGUAACGAUCUCUAUACUGUUCUUCACCCGCAGGACGCCGAAGCUUUGCGAAACUGAGAUGUGUGUUCGUAUAGCUGCUAGUUUGAAAGGAUCUAUGGACACAUCUGUAGAUCCUUGUGACGAUUUUUAUAAAUAUGUUUGUGGGAAAUGGCCUGAAGAACAUCCCGUACCAGACAGCAGUUUAACUUACUCGUGGUUCGAAGAACGAAGGGAUCGUGUUUACAGGAAAAUUAGGGAACUCCUGAAAGACAAUACUACCAAAAGCAAUGCACCGUGGGCUGUCAGUCAGGCCAAAAUAUUGUACAACAGCUGCGUGGACGUUGACUCCGUGGACGAGCUGGGACUCGCGCCAUUGUUCGACCUUUUGAAGACGCUCAAUUUGCCGGCGAUUCCAUCGGCGUUUACCAAGAAAACGGGUAGUUACGUCGAACAGAUGGCCAGAGUGAAGAAAGUUCUGGGAAGGGACGUCUUUUUCGGGUUCGACGUGAUCCCCGACCCCCGGAACACUACCAAGAACAUCAUGCUGCUGGACACACCCAUCAUGAGCAACCCUUUGCCGAACGACAAGGAACUGGAGAAACGAUUGCACUCGAUCAGAUCCCGUUUCCGGAAGCUGGCGGACGACGCGGAAGACGACGACGACGAAGACGACGAAGAGUCGAGCAAAUACGAGAAAGCAGAACUGGCUUACAUGACCGAGGUUAUUAAGCAUGUCGUUACUAAUGGCACUCUGGACGCGUGUUCCGAGAUAGACGACUCGCCGUUCCGCGGCGAGGACGAGCUCGAGGAAGUCGUGGGCAUCCUUUACGAGCUGUCCACUAACUUUUAUCAGUUAUCUCGUUUGGAAAGUAAUCAGAGCAUAUGGGAGGACGACCCGACAGAAGCCGACUACAUGACAGUUGAUGAGCUCCAGGAGCUGACGGACGCUUACAUAAUGGAAGUUAAUUCGACUAUCACGCCAGCGCCGUUAUGGCGGCCGUUCGUCGAGAUGGUCUUCAAGGAUGUCGGCAGCCUCGAUCUGGACGGCAAGGACAAGCUGCUGAUCGGCGAUCUCGAGUUCCUCAAGCAGGUCGCUCUUAUGAUCGCCACCACCGAUCAGGAGGAAUUAGAAACGUACAUUUGGUGGAUCAUAAUCGAUAUCGUGGUUCCCCACUCGUCGAUGAACCUGAGAAACAUCUGGUUGAAGUACGUGAACGAGGUGACCAGUAUCGAGAUCGGCGAAUCGAAAUCAUUCUUGUGCGCUGUCGCCGUGAACGAGCUGAUGGGGAUGGCUGUCUCCUGGCUGUACGUGGACCCGUCCUUUCACGAAGACAAGGGCAAAAAGGUGUCCGAGAUGCUGGCCGACAUAAAGGAAGCAUUCGCGUCCCUGGUUGCGAACACCGACUGGAUGGACAAGCAGACAAAAAGCGCCACGCUGGAGAAAAAUCGGAAGAUGGAGUCGCAGAUCGGCUUCCCUGAUUGGCUGUUCGACGUGGACCUUCUCAACGAAUAUUACGAAGGCAUAGAGCUCUCGGAGACCGAAUACUUGAACAACAUGGUCCAGAUCAUUCGGCUGAUGACGCUGUCCGAGCUGGAAUGCAUCCACCAAAUUAAUUUCAACAAUGAAUCAUACUGGGCGACCGAUCCAACAGACGUGAACGCGUUUCACACGUACCAGUACAAUCACAUAACUAUACCAGCUGGAAUCCUCCAAUUCCCAUUCUACGAACUGGGUCUAGAAGCUUUAAACUAUGGCGCCAUUGGCACAGUACUUGGUCACGAACUGACACACGGUUUCGACAACAAUGGAAGACACUAUGACAGUGCUGGCAACGUGAGACAAUGGUGGACCAACGAGACUAUUUCGGAGUACACAGCGAAGACCGAGUGUUUUAUUAAACACUAUAAUAGCUACUACGAAGAGGAGGUAGACGAUUACAUCGACGGGAAACGAACAUUGGGCGAGAAUAUAGCGGAUAAUGGCGGCCUUAGGGAGGCUGUCAUCGCUUACGAAAGAUGGAAGACCAGGCACGGUCAGGAGCCGCUACUUCCGGGAUUCACACAUCUCACUCACGAGCAGCUUGUUUUCCUCGGCUUCGCGCACGUGUGGUGCGAGACCUAUACGUCCAAGGCUCUGGAGUGGAUACUGCAGGAUAGCCAUUGUCCAGGACACGUGAGACUUCACGGCGUCCUGAAGAAUUCCGAGGAGUUCAGCAAAGCUUGGGGAUGCCCUGUGGGAUCGAACAUGAACCCACCGAAGAAAUGCCAUUUAUGGUAAUGGCCGAAGUGGUCGAAGAGCCGAAACAGGGUCCAUUUUUAGAGUGUCACUUUCAUGUUGCUCAUAGAACUGAACGAAUCGCGUAGACGAAGAAUUUCGAUGACCGAUCACCGGACUGCCGAGACUUCGCGCAGAACGAAAAUGUUUUAGAACGACGUUCAGUAACAAUGUUAUAAUUAUUAUUUUUUAAUAAUCGCAUGAAAUCAGCAGUCUCUAAUCACUAUCGACGAUUGUACGAGUGCCUUAGCAACGUUUCAAUUAUUACAACGUAAGACCACUAAGUCGUUCCGCAAGAGAUCAGCUGUUUGGGUGCUGAAACCUCGAACCUAUUUGCUAUUCUACGAGAUUGAGAAAUGUUGAGUCUUCUUCGCAUAUAUAUACUAUAUAUAUAUUUAUUUAUUAUAUAUAUAAUUAUGUAUAUGAUAAUAUUAAUAUAUAAUAAAAUUAUACAUAAUAUUAUUAUUAUACAGGGUGUCCCAAAAUUAUGCUACUUCCAGGAAAUUGAAGAUAACUUGUUGGUUAGGUUAUUUGAAGUAACUUUUUCCUUAGCGAAAUUGCAAUCCGCGGCUUCGUUCGCGAGUUAUUAACGAAA